AUGUCCGCCUUCACCUCUGCUCUCUCAGAGCCAUCGCUCAUAUUUCAGAAGGCCUACAUCGAUGGCCAAUGGGUUGACUCCGAGUCUAACAAGACCUUUGAAAUCUUCAACCCAGCAACGGGCGAGCUCCUGGGCACAUGUCCCGAAUCAACCACCAAGGACCUCCAAUCCGCCAUACACGCAGCCGCCAAGGCGUUUCCUUUAUGGCGAGCACAGUCAGGUCGUACGCGUGGCCGCCACCUACGCAGGCUUUCGGACCUGAUCCUCCAGCACAAGAGUGACAUUGGCAAAAUCACCACCCUGGAGAAUGGCAAAGCCAAGGCAGACGCAGAAGGCGAGGCGGCAAUGUCCAGUGGGACGUUUGAGUGGUUUGCCGAGGAAGCACCCCGGAUCUACGGCGACGUUGUGCCACACAGUAACGCACAGAGCAGGACGCUCAUCCUCAAGCAGCCCAUCGGCGUCUGCGGCCUCAUCACGCCCUGGAACUUCCCCAUGGCCAUGGGCGCGCGCAAGAUUGCAGCGGCCCUGGCGGCCGGCUGCACCGUCGUCGUCAAGUCGGAUGGCCACACGCCCUUUUCGACAAAUGUCCUCGCCGUGCUGGCUGAAAAGGCGGGUAUACCCAAGGGCGUGCUCAACGUGGUGACAUCGCUGAACAACACGCCCGAGCUGGGUCUGGCUAUGUGCGAGUCCCCUAUAGUCAAGAAGAUCAGCUUCACGGGCUCGACGCGCGUUGGCAAGAUCCUCGCCAGGCAGUCGGCCGAUACACUGAAGAAGCUGAGCCUGGAACUCGGCGGAAACGCGCCAUUCAUCGUGUUUGACGACGCCCAUCUCGAAACGGCCGUGACGAGUGCGCUCGCCAGCAAGUUCAAGGUCAGUGGGCAGACCUGCGUGUGUGCCAACCGAAUCUACGUGCAGGAUGGCAUAUACGACCGGUUCAGUGCCCGCCUGGUGGAGGAGGUGAAGAAGUUCCGCGUCGGCCACGGUGCGGACGAGGGCGUCACCCACGGGCCCCUGACGACGAGCGUCGCCAAGGUCGAGGAGCACGUGCAGGACGCCGUGGCGAAGAAAGCCACCAUCCUCCUCGGCGGGAACCGUCUCCCCCAGCUGGGCCCCAAUUUCUUCGAGCUGACCGUUCUGGGCGACGUGGACGACUCGAUGAAGGUGACGACCGAGGAGACGUUUGGCCCACUGGCGGCGCUUACGCGCUUCAAGACGGAGGAGGAGGUGGUCCGGCGCGCGAACAAUGUCGAGGUCGGCCUGGCCUCGUACCUGAUGACCUCGGACCUCUCGCGAUACCACCGCGUCUCGGAGCUGCUGGAGUACGGCAUGGUGGCCGUCAACACUGGUGUCAUUGCCGACUUUGCUGCGCCGUUUGGCGGCAUCAAGCACUCUGGCUGGGGCCGCGAGGGGAGCAAGUACGGCACGGACGACUACAUGGUCUACAAAACGGUGGUGACUGGGGGGAUCGACACCGUCUUCACAGCCCACCUGUGA